CAUCCAUCCCAUCGCCCAUCCGCACGACGAAACACUUACCAUGUCGGCCCAAGACGCCCCAUCCACACAGAAGAAGACGAGCGACAGCGGUAACCCCGCGUCCCUCUCGACUGACCCGCGCAAGAAGGUAGACGUGAACAAGCCUGAUGUGAAGCCGCCGCUGAAGGACGUGCCGAUGGGCAGGUUCCUCACGUACCUCACCUUCGGCCUGCUCGCCCUCUCCGCCUUCUACCUCUGGCGCUUUACCGUGUGGGCGCACAACGCGGGCGGGUACAUCAACCUCCUGACCGGACGGCGCGACUACCCGCCCGCCGGCGUGGCCGCCGCUGCCGCCGCUGCGCACGAGUCGGCCGUCGCGGCGGACAAGCAUACCGGUCCGCCGACGAAGAAGCAGGUCCAGGACCAGAUCUUCAAGCUUGCCGACAUGCUCGGCGUCAAGCCUGCCGAGCUGAGCGCGGCCAUCCGCCCCCUCGUCGACCCGACCGUCAACAAGGCUGCCGAGAGGGAGGCCCCCGCCGGUGGAGAGGAAACGGCCGAGCCUGGCCUGUUCAAUAUCGUCGGCGAGAUCCUGCUCGACUAG